CUACAUACUUCCACAUAGGAUAUCAGUUCACACAUCAAUAAUCAUCUCAAUCAAUUUCUAAUUACAACCAAUCAAUGGCGGCCGCCGUGUCCACCAUCGGAGCUGUCAACCGUGUGCCGGCCGUGCCGCUUAACUUGAACGAAUCGGGUGCGGGGCCCGCAUUCCCGACCUCGUCCUUCCUUGGAGCCGGCUUGAAGAAGCCGGUCCAAAGACCGACAGCUUCCUCCUCAACUUCCGGAAACUUCUUCAGGGUGGCGGCUGAGAUCGACGAGAAGAAGCAAACAGACAGGUGGAAGGGUCUCGUGACUGACAUAUCAGACGAUCAACAAGACAUCACCCGAGGCAAGGGCAUGACCGACACACUCUUCCAAGCCCCCACCGGUUCCACCUUGGGCACUCACGACGCUGUCCUAAGCUCAUACGAGUACAUCAGCCACGGACUCCGCCAAUACGAAUUCGACAACACGAUGGGAGGAUUAUACAUUGCCCCGGCCUUCAUGGACAAGCUCAUCGUCCACAUUUCGAAGAACUUCAUGACAUUGCCGAACAUCAAAGUCCCGCUUAUCUUAGGUAUAUGGGGAGGCAAAGGACAGGGCAAAACGUUCCAGUGUGAGCUCGUGUUCGCCAAGAUGGGAAUCAACCCAAUCAUGAUGAGCGCCGGAGAAUUGGAGAGUGGGAAUGCAGGGGAGCCCGCGAAGCUGAUCAGGCAGAGGUACCGUGAGGCCGCUGACAUCAUCAAGAAGGGUAAAAUGUGUUGUCUGUUUAUCAACGAUCUCGAUGCUGGCGCUGGUCGUAUGGGUGGGACCACGCAGUACACGGUCAACAAUCAAAUGGUCAACGCUACUCUCAUGAACAUUGCCGAUAACCCAACCAACGUACAACUCCCGGGAAUGUACAACAAGCAGGUGAAUCCGCGCGUACCGAUUAUUGUCACGGGUAACGACUUCUCGACUCUGUAUGCUCCGUUGAUCCGUGACGGACGUAUGGAGAAAUUCUACUGGGCCCCGACCCGCGAGGAUCGUAUAGGGGUCUGCAGAGGUAUCUUCCGAACGGACAGUUUGCCAGACGCGGCAGUUGUCAAGCUUGUCGACACCUUUCCCGGACAAUCCAUAGAUUUCUUUGGAGCUUUGAGAGCAAGAGUGUAUGACGACGAGGUUAGGAAGUGGAUCGGAGGAGUGGGAGUGGAGAAAAUCGGGAGGAAGCUCGUGAACUCGAGGGAGGGCCCACCGAUUUUCGAGCAGCCCAAGAUGACGCUUGAGAAGCUACUCGAAUACGGGUUUAUGCUCGUCCAAGAGCAGGAGAAUGUGAAGAGGGUCCAACUGGCUGACAAGUACUUGAAAGAUGCUGCGCUUGGUGAAGCUAACAAGGACGCUAUUGAGAGAGGGACUUUCUUCGGUUGAAAAAUAGGAUCUUAAGGAGUUGAUAUAUGAAAGAUCAAAAAAACUAAAAUGUUGAAAAGAUAGUUAAGUCCUUUUUUCAUUUGGUUCUGUAUGUGUUGGUUGAAAGUGGGUUAUCUGUGUAUGUGCUGAAGGAGUACCAUAUAAGUUUGUCCUGUAAUUUUGUGUUUUCCUGCAACAAAUUGGCUGUAUUUUCUACAUGGUCUCUUAAACUGCCCUUGCAACUUGAAAAAAAA